ACAAUGUUUCCGGUUUACUUCCUUUCGCAGGUCUUGAAGUACCUGUCCCGCAAGAGAAAUGAGACUGGAGGCUCAAAGUAGAUCUUCAAUUUGUCUCAAGAUUCUUAUCCGGUUGAUUGGAGUGGGAUGUUCAGUGACCGUACUGAUUCUGCUAAUGGACGAAGUCAAUGGUGCUUUUCGUGAGAACGAAUUUGGUCGCGGCGGCACUUGUGCUUUUCUAGGAGAUCAAGGAUCUUGUCAAUUUGCCGAAUCCAUAGCCGCCAUCGCAAUUGGAAUGGGGGCUCUCGCGCUGUUCCUGGAUACGUGGGUGCUGCGAGAUGACGAGAUACAAGACGAGACGAAGUUGCAUGUGCUGCGUUUAGAUUUGGUCGGAGUGGCUAUAAUAAGUGUUCUCUGGCUUUCUGUGUUCAUCAAUUCAACGGUGUUGUGGGUGAAAACUCUGAGCGACCGUGAUGACAGGAAGCUGACUACAGAUGGUGAUCUCAAGGCUAACGUGGCCAUUGCACUUACGUUUACUCUCGUUUCCUCGCUCAUCUAUGCUGUUUUGUUUGCAAUCCAGAAAUUGUCCCUAGCCAACUUGGAGUUUUGAGCGGUCGCAACGCCUGGCUACUCAAAUAAUGUGUCUGAACUUUAGCGCCAGAAGUUACUCUGUUGUUUCCUCCUUGGUACAGUAGGGUAUAGAUGUGCGUUACUUGAUUACUCACUAAUGACAUGUCAUGGUAGAAGGCAUGCAGUACACGUGUAGUAGACAUCUCUACUAUGAAUUCAGUUAGUUAAUUAUCUAGGUACAUUGAAUGCAAGUUAGACAGGAUAACAUA